AGUACCCACAGCAGCAGCAUCAUGUGACGGUGGUGCACACGCAGCCGCGACGUGCGAGCGUCAACUUUGUGGUGCAGUUGGCCGUGCUGGCGCCCAUCUCCGUGGCCUUGCUGGUGGGCGCCUACUUUGCCAGCAUGUACUGCCUGAUCUGGGUCAUCGGCAUCACCUUCUACACCCACUUUCUGAUCCGGUACACGUCCGCUGCAAGCGAGGCGCCCAUGCUGCUCAAGACGUGGCUCGUGGUUGGCUACGCGGUGGUGGUGGCCGCCUGCGCCACGGCGAUUGUGUCCCUGCAGAACUUCUUCCAGUGUGUCUCGGACGGCUACGUGGACCCCUCGGACAGCGAGUGCAAGCGCGCCCUGCGCUUCUUCUACGUCUCGUGUGGCCUGUACGGCCUUGUCUAUGCCGUCGACUUUCUGCUCGCCCUCAGCCACCUCCUGAAGCGUCGCGCAGUCAACGCUGGCGGAUAUUCGCAAGUGUGACGUGUGGGUUUCGUUGUGUGUGUGUGUGUCUGUGUGUGUGUGUGUGUGUGUGUGUGUGUGUGUGUUUGUUGAAUGAUGGCUUCUUGCGUUGUCCUGCUCUCCGUUGUCCUGUCCUCCCACUCUCCCGUUGUCCUGUUCUUCCCCUCUCCCGCUGUCCUGUCCGAUGAGUGUCCUGCUUUUGUUUUCCCGUCCUCCUCCCCAUCUCCACCUCUUCCUUUAUCGCCUUUGCUCGCCACCCAUGCGCGACUUGCACUGACCAUCGUCGCAGCGUUGCCCUUGCCUGUCCUCUGCCUCGUGUUACCCCUCUUAUGUCCAGCACUCUGAGUGCUGCGCUUCAUUACAAUUCCACCGAUG